AUGGCUAGUGACUAUCCACUACUCGCUAAUUGCGCCGAUCAGGGUACGCCUAUACGGGGGUGUACUCUACCCUUUAACAAAGCGCCUAGCCUCACCGAGCUGAAGUUGAAGUUCAAUGAAGUAUCGACUUUCGAUUGGUCAUAUCCCUGGGCACGUCCUCCGGGACCAACCAUCUACAACGUCUAUAUGCGUAAUAUCGAUGAGUUCAUCUGUUCUUUUGAGUUGAGCCGCGAGAAGGAUGACUUGGAGCAGUUCAAAAGUACCCGCCUAUGCCCAGAAUUCGCUUCUCUCUCAGACGAGGAGAUCUUGAAGCGAGUGGCUGAUCUCGCGCAAGACAGAGCUCUCAUGAUCAAUUACUUACUCGGUUCUCGCGUGUCACCCGUAUACCACCAGGACUGUGUUAAUGAACAGAACCGACCGGAUACUGAAUAUGAGAGGCGGGAGCUGAAAAAAGACCAGCCACGUAUGGCAGCGAAAAUAGUCGAGGUCUUCUGGGGAUUCGCACACUCGGGAAAUCCACUGCCAACCCACCGUCACAAGCAACUGGGUAUAUCCUCUUACGAUGGCUGGGCUGAUCGUAUUGAUGACAAACUAACGGCGAUGGCUGAGAGACUCAAUAAAGACCCACAGAAAAUGAGGGAUCUCAACCCAAUUGUCAUCGAAAGCGAUGAUUCUUCUAACGAACCCGACGACAAACCCAAGCACGUACUCGAGAACGUCACCAACACGGAAAGGAGCACCAAGUUCACUAAAGAACUCUCGAACGACCGACAUACUACGAAGAGACGCCUCGUACUACCACCCCCGCCGAAUCUAUCCUUUAGUCAGGCUACGGAGCAGACAUCGAGAGAUGUCGACAAGAUGGUCUCGCCUACAUUUGGGGAGUUUCAACCCGAAAGCCCAAAGAGGAAAGAUCGGAAGUAG